AUAGGGCAGAGUCGAAGGCCCAAACCUUAUACUCACAAACGAACCCCAACAACAAUUCUUUCUGAACGCGUGGGAUAAACGCGCGCUUUCUUCUACGAGUCCGAGCAGUACUGAAUACCGAUGUUCCAAUCACAAACCCUAGCCAUCUUCCUUUUCCCUUUUCGGAAUCAGAUCAAUCAACCAUAAUUUUCUCCAUGUUCUUCCCACUCUGACUCCAUGGAUUUGAAUCCGGUGUAUCAAUCACGGUUCGGGCAAGCAGCAUUGGUUUCUUUUUGAGUUCUGUUUAAUGGGAAAAAGGGCAAAUUAAGCGUUGUUGUUUUUGAAACUAGGACUGUGUGCUUUCAUUUCUGAAGAAAUUCACCGUAUUUAAGAGAAUUACUCGUCAAUCGCCGAGAAGACUACUACUGGCUUGAAUCGAUUUCAUUUCAGAAUCUGCGAUUUUCGUGUGAGUUCAUUCAACAAUUGGAAAUUUCGCUUUAUACUUUAUAAUCAUUAUUAAUGGCGAACUCUGAGGAAGUUGGAAAAAGUUCGAUUGAGGAGGAAGUAGAGCGAGACCCUUCCAAUUUUGAAAAUGGUGACGGAGAAGACGAGGAUGUUGAAGAUGAGGAAGAAGACGAGGAAUAUGAGGAUGGCAAUGAUGAAGAACCGCCGCAAGAGAAGCCUGUUACGGAUGCUUCAAGGUUGCUUGCUCAGAGGUCUAAGUUAGAGAAUCUGGUUGAACGAAUGAGGAAGGAGAAGGUCAGACUUCGGGUUCAUGAUAUUUUGAUCAAGGGGAACACGAAGACUAAGGAUUCUCUAAUCGAGGCUGAAGUGGAGGCUAUUAAGAAUGCUUCAACGAUGCAAGAAUUGCUGGAGGCCGCAGGCGUAGCCAAUGCCAAGCUCCAGAGGCUGGAGAUUUUCGACUCUGUCAAGAUUACACUUGAUUCAGGCCCGCCGGAGCUCCCUGGUACUGCAAAUGUUGUUAUUGAGGUCGUGGAGACGGGCAACCCUCUCUCCGGCGAAUGCGGUGCUUACACAAAACCUGCGGCUCGUUCGUGGACUUUUGAAGGUUCUCUUAAGUAUAAAAAUUGGCUUGGAUACGGGGAUUUAUGGGAUGGCUCUUUGGCGUACGGUCCUAAUCAAACAUCUGAGGUGAGUGCUGGUGUUUAUUUCCCUAGGCUGAAGCGAUUGGUGACUCCUUUGGUGGCACGACUAUCCCUACUUUCCCAAGAUUGGUUGGAGUUUUCAUCAUACAAAGAGCGGUCUUUAGGUCUUUCUCUUGGUCUGUAUUCAACAAAGUAUCAUGAUUUGGGAUACAACCUUGGAUGGCGCACCAUAACCGACCCUUCGCAGAUGGCAUCUAAUUCAGUGAGGAGACAACUUGGAAAUAGUUUACUUUCAUCUCUAAAAUAUACUUUUAAGGUUGACAAGAGGAAUUCAGCAGUGAGGCCAACUAGUGGAUAUGCUUUUGUUUCUACUAGUCAAGUUGGUGGUCUUGCACCUGAUCACCGGAGCUUGCGAUUUGUUCGUCAGGAAUUUGAUCUACGAUAUGCAAUUCCUUUUGGCUUUGACCGUGCUGCCAUGAACUUUGGAGUCUCUGCCGGUGUUGUUUUUCCUUGGGGAAAUGGGUUUCUGAACAAGCCAUCAUCUCUUCCAGAGCGCUUUUUCUUAGGUGGUGAUUUGUCUCCAGUAUGCACCAUUGGAGGCCCGACAACUGUAUGGGGAUUUAAGACGCGUGGAAUGGGGCCAACUGAGCCAAGGCGCGAAGUGAGAGAUGAAAAUAAGGAUGAAAACAAUGAUUCUCUUGGAAGGGAUUUUGUUGGAGGAGAUCUUGCAGUCACUGCUUUUGCAGAUCUUUCGUUUGACCUCCCAAUUCGCUGGUUAAGAGAACAUGGAAUCCAUGGCCACAUCUUUGCUGGUGCAGGCAACCUUGCAAAGUUGACCGAGAACGAGUUCCGCAGUUUCUCUUUCCAGAAGUUCAUGGAAACAUUUCGUACCUCUGUAGGAGUUGGGGUUGUGGUUCCAACAAGACUCUUCCGCCUAGAGGGGAAUUUCUACUACAUAUUGAAGCAACAAGAACAUGAUCGUGGAAAAACUGGCUUUCGGUUUAGCAUUUCUGCUCCAUCAUAAAUCUAAUUUUGACGAGGUUUGAUGUUCAGGAAUCACAGAGUAAGGCGGAAGUUAUUUUCUUUCUCGAGUUAUCAUUUUGGACUGGAUGAAAAAACUUUCUUUUUAUAAACAUCCAGGGAAGUUAGAAAAAAAGAAAAGAAAAGAAAAAAAGAAAAAGAAAAAGAAAGCUUUUCUUCAACCAUGGAGAAUGGAAGGGAAUAAUAUGGUUUGUGAUUGUCGUAUUUGAACAGGUUACUAAAACCUCCUCUCGAAAUUGUUUUCAUUGACCCAAAUCGGCGGAUAAUUUUUUGUCCUCCAUCAAUGAUAUGAGACAAUUCCAUUUCAUA